GCUGUGAUCUGUGAUUCUGGAAUUUGGAAUUUUUAAUCGUCGGUUAGGUACUUCCCAGUCGUAAAAGUAAUAUAAAUACGGUAGUUACGGUUAAGGACAUUUUCAGGCGGCGCCGGCCGGACUCUGAGCGCUAUGUCGAAACAGCCGCUGUCGGCGCCGUGCCGCAGUCGAUGCGCACACGUGACCUCUAUCGGGUCGGAGCUGACGCCGACAGACGUGGAGGCGCGCCGGCGCUCCGGCGCCUGCGACUGGUGCGGCCGUCAACAGCCCAACUUGUGGCUCUGCCUGCACGCCGGCUGCGCCAAGCUCGGCUGCGGCGAUCGGGAGGACCACAGCGCCGAGCACCACCGCCAGCUGCCGCAUCACUGCCUGGCGCUCAACGUGACCACCAUGCGCGUCUGGUGCUAUAACUGCCAGACGGAGGUUUACCUGGAGAACAACGUGCCGCCGGUGAGCGGCGCCGGUGCGCCCGUCGCCGUCGAUCAGGUGGACGUGGCCGACGUGGGCUCCAGCGAGGACGACGACGAGCAGAGCGACGCCGAGCCGCCAUGCGGACUGACCGGCCUGCGCAACAUCGGUAACACGUGCUACAUGAACGCGGCGCUGCAGGCGCUCUCCAAUCUGCCGCCACUGACGCGCUACUUUCUCGACUGCGAGCGGCUGGUGCCCACCGACCGGAAGCCGGGCCUGGCGCGCGCCUACCUGCGCCUGGUGCAACAGAUCUGGAGCCGGCGGCGCGUCAGUUGCCUGGCGCCUACGGCCGUGCUGCAGGCGAUGCGCUCCGCGCACCCGCAGUUCCGCGGCUUCCAGCAGCACGACAGCCAGGAGUUCCUGCGCUGCUUUAUGGACGUGCUGCACGACGAGCUGCGCCGACCGGCGGCCUGGCGGCCUGAGGAUGACGCCGAGCGGUCAACCGAGCCAGACGGCGGCGACGCGAGCGCCUCGGACUCUGCGCUCUCAGACGCCGAGACUGACGGUGACUACGAGACGGCCGACUCGGGCGUCAGUGAGCGCUCCAGCGACAGCGAGUCGGCGGCGCCGCGCCGCCGCCGCCGCCGCCACGUGUACACCCAGCGCUCGGCGCCGCUCCCGGCCGCCGACGACAUGGAGUUUGCCGACGCCGAGUCGGCGCCACUGCUGCCGGCCGAGCCGUCGGCGCCGCCGAGCCCGGCGCGCUCUGCGUCGCCGGCGGUGGGCGCGCCGCGGCCCGGCCGGCGGCUGCGCUACCGCAGCAUCGUCUGUGAUGUGUUCGACGGGCGCAUCCUGUCGUCGGUGCAGUGCUUGACCUGUAACGGCGUGUCGGCCACGCGCGAGACCUUCCAGGACCUGUCGCUGGCCAUCCCCAGCCGCGAGCACCUGUCUGUGCUGCACGCCCAGCCGGCCGGCGGCCGCGGCGCCGCCUGCGUGCAGCUGAACGCCCGCCAGGCCUGGGGGCCGUGGCUGUGGUCGUGGCUGGCAUCCUGGUUCUCCGGACCCAGCGUCUCGCUGCACGACUGUCUGGCGUCGUUUUUCUCCUCUGACGAGCUGAAGGGCGACAACAUGUACAGCUGCGGCGGGUGCAAGAAGCUGCGGAACGGCCUGAAGGUGUGCCGCGUGCUGGAGCUGCCCGAGGUGCUCACCAUCCACCUGAAGCGGUUCCGCCACGAGCUGGUGUUCUCCACGAAGCUGGGCACGCAGGUGGAGUUUCCGCUGGUGGGCCUGGACAUGGCGCCCUACCUUCACCGACAGAGUCGCGGCCAGGUAACCGUGUACGACCUGGCGGCCGUCGUCUGCCACCACGGCACCGCCGGCGCCGGACACUACACCGCCUACGCGCUCAACGAGCCGUCCGGCGCCUGGUACGAGUAUGACGACCAGUACGUGACAGAGGUCGGCGCCGACACCGUCCAGUCCUGCCAGGCGUACGUGCUCUUCUACAGGAAGUCGUGCGAGGCGUCCACCCAGCGCCGGCAGCGCGCCACCGAGCUGCUGCGCCGCGCGCGGGCCGACCCCUCGCUGCUGCCCUAUUACGUGUCGCGACAGUGGAUCAGCCGGUUCAACACGUUCGCCGAGCCGGGCGCCAUCGACAACACCGACUUCUUGUGCCGCCACGGCGGCCUGCUGCCCGAGCUGGCCGUGCCGGCCGAGGCGGCCUGCGCGCGCCUGCCGCAGGCCGGCUGGGAGUACUUGCACGCCGCGCUCGGCGGCGGGCCCGUCGCCAACGCGCUGUUCGAGUGCGCGCCCUGCCGCGCCGAGUGGGACGCGCUGCUGGCGCGCCGGGCGCGCGAGCUGACAGAGUUCCGGCGACUGCAGGCGAGCGGCGCGCCACCGGCAGCCGCCCUCUCGGCCGCCUGGUACCGGCGCUGGGAGGCCUGGGCGCGCGGCAGAGACGUCGAGCCGCCCGGCACCAUCGACAACUCAAACAUCGCCGUCACGCGCGCUGGCGUGCCGCAGGUACGGUCCGGCUCUGACCACGUGCAGCUGCCAGCGGAGCUUUGGGCUUACCUAAAAGCCAUCUACGGCGGAGGGCCCGAUCUUCCGCUGGUGCCGCCGCCGGCCGUCCGCCACGAGCACCCGGAGCCGUCUCGGGCACAGGAGCCGUCCGAGUCAGCCAUAGCCGGCGUCCACCGGCGCGUCAAGGCGCCGGCCGUCCACUGCGGGGACGCGCCGUCCGAGGACGGCUAGGCGCCACACGCGGCGGCCCGGCCCACAGGUUUAGGUCAGUGAUGGGCCGACAGGCGGCCUGAUUGCCGCCGAAGUCUGCAGGGUUCUAGAUAGCACCCAGCUGCUGCUGUCGGCCAGCGCGGGCAUUGCGUGUUACGUGGUGCGAUAUGUCUUAUGUGAACCUCCAGAGGAGCUCCGUCUGAUGCUGCCGACCGGGCGCGUCAGACGGCACUGUGAUUAUUCCGGUAUUGUUCGGUUACCUCAGCGGAGACGGGUGCAGAUAGGAGUGAGCGUAAUGUAUGUAAACACUAGCACUCCUUGGGAACCGAAUCAAAGGACAUUUUACCCAUGGACCAAGAUGGCACUGCGCCUGUACGUGAGACCGUUGGGCGUGGUCAUCUGUUUGUAUCCCUGAGCUGCUCCACGUCAGCGGGCCGAGGACCUGUUUGUGACAGUGCGCGCGCGUCCAAUACCGCCUCAGUUUGUGCCUGUUUGUGUUGCUGGCAAAUUACAGAUCACUCUACCUUA